CUUUGAGUAGCAGUGCGAGGACUACAGGAAAACGAACAGCAGCAGCUUUUUAAGAGUUUCUGUCAAACCUACUAAAGGGAUUUCCUCAUCUCAAGCUUACAUUUCCCCAAAGUAGAGUUUGUUUGGAUCUACUAUUUGAUACUUACUUUUUUUUCUACUGUUAAUCUCGGGACGAUGAUGUUUACCGCUUUUAAUACGGAGUGCGACUCUUCCUCUCGCUGCAGCACAGCUUCCCCCUCCGGGGACAAUCUGGGAUACUACCCAUCACCAGCAGGAUCAUACUCAAGCUUGGAAUCCCCCCAGUCUCAGGAAUUCACUGAUCUGACAGCAAGUGCCUCCUUCAUCCCUACUGUAACGGCUAUUUCAGCAAGCCCAGAUCUGCAGUGGAUGGUCCAGCCUUUGGUCUCCUCAGUGGCCCCCUCUCACAGAGCUCACCCCUACAGCUCAAGCCCCAGCCCGGCCUAUUCCACAUCAGCCAUGAAGUCUGUAUCGUCCAGACCUCAUAAUGUAACCAAGAGAGGCAGAGCUGAACAGAUAUCUCCAGAGGAGGAAGAGAAAAGAAGAAUUCGCAGAGAGAGGAACAAGCAGGCAGCAGCUAAAUGCCGCAACAGGAGGAGAGAACUUACAGACACACUGCAAGCUGAAACUGAUCAGUUGGAGGAUGAGAAGAGCAGCCUGCAGAAUGACAUUGCCAACCUGCUGAAGGAGAAGGAAAGGCUCGAGUUCAUUCUGGCAGCCCACCAACCAAUCUGCAAGAUCCCCUCAGAACUGGAGGCAGACUUCCCAGUCUCCUGCUUCCCCACAGCUGUCACUUCCACCAUCACUUCCAGUCAGCCAACUUUCACCUCGGCCUCCAACUCUAUCUUCUCCAGCACCAGCUGUGCCCCCUCCACGUCCACAGUCUCAGACAGCACAGUCAAAAUGGCAGAUCUGGAGGCCUCCGUUCUGGAGGAAUCCCUGGAUCUUUUGGCAAAGUCUGAGAUGGAGACAGCCCGCUCUGUACCUGAGGUUGACCUGUCCAGCUCCCUCUAUCCAAGCCAGGAAUGGGAGCCCCUUCACACCUCAACUGGUAACGAUGACUUUGAGCCCCUGUGCACACCUGUGGUGACCAGCACACCAGCCUGCACCACGUACACGUCUUCAUUUGCCUUCAACUUCCCAGAGGCUGAGAGCUUCCCCACCUGUGGCAUCGCCCACAGGAGAGGAAGCAACAGCAACGAUCAGUCCUCUGACUCCCUCAGCUCACCAACCCUGCUGGCCCUUUAGAGACUCUUUCCAAAAAUGAACUUUCUUCCUAGAAGCACAUUUCCUUGAAUAUGUUACACAUGUGCAGAUUACAGGGCUAUGGGGCAGACUUGUACCAGAAAGCAAAUUAUUUAUUAUUUUAUCUGCCUUUAUGUAUAGUUACUUGCCUAUUACACCAAUGUAGCAAGUUAUUAAGCAUGUUUCAGCUAUUAACACUUAGUUGUUCUAUGAGUUCCUUAUAAGAUUUAAUGGUGCUUGAUAUGUAAAAAAAAAAAAAAGACAUUUGUUCAUCGAUGUGUGCUCUGAGCAAUAGUUAUUAUUUGAUCCAGUUUGUUUUCUGGUUUAUUGAAAGUUAGAGUAAUUGUGAACUGUUUGUGAAACUUAAAACAACAACAACAA